UAUGAGAUGGAGGGACAAGCCAGUCUGACCUGUGAAAUAGAAGGCUGGUCAGCUCCUUACCCAACAUGCAAAGCUAAAAACUGUACCAAACCCAUAGGAGGGGAAAACAUGGUUUUGUCAGAUGCCUUCAUCACGCAAGAGACAUUUGUAGAUGGCGCAAAUGUCACUUUUCAGUGUGCAAUUGGAUAUGCCAGUACAGGAUGCUCUCCGACAGUCACCUGUACUGCCGGCGUGUGGAGUGAAGUGAAACUGAAAUGCAAAAGGAAGUCGUGGUGGGCAGCCCAGGAGAAUGGUGAAGUGUGGAAAGCCCCAAACAUUGUCAACGGUGGGCCUGUUGUCCCACCUGAUGAUACGUAUGACUAUGGAAGUGUCGUGCCAUAUGCCUGUGAGAAGAAUUACACUCUGGUUGGAGCUAAAUCCAUAACCUGCAGUGAGAAUGGAGAAUUCCAGCCAGCUCCACCUGAGUGUAAAAUGGUGUCAUGUCCUAAUCCUGUUGUUGAGAAUGGUGUUCGGAUUGACGGCCGUCCCCCCUAUACGUACAUGUCUUUGGUGACGUAUAGGUGUAAUGCUGGAUAUGAGAUGGAGGGACAAGCCAGUCUGACCUGUGAAAUAGAAGGCUGGUCAGCUCCUUACCCAACAUGCAAAGGCAAGACUGAUUUCACUGUUUAUUUAACACACUUUAGCCUAAUAUUUUAG